AUGGGCUGGGGAAUACGCCGCUCAUCUGUUACAUUGACGCACUGGGACGAGUGUAACGAGUCACAGCUUGGUGAUAUGCUAUCAAGUUUUGAAAGUCUUGGACGGGACGCUGUUUCCACCGGCAGGAAUGUUCGUAUUUGUUUCUCAAGCAGGCAUUAUCCAAUUUUUGACCUUGAGAGGAGCCUCAAGUUUGACCUCGAGACUCAACAAGGCCACACGGACGACAUUAUCAAGUACAUCAACAUCAAACUCAAACCAGGGAGACACCCGAAAGCGGACGAGUUAAAAGAGCGCCUCCAGAGUCGGGCCAAUGGAGUUUUCAUAUGGGUCGCAUUGGUUAUCGACAUGCUCAACAAGGACCUCGCGUGA